UUCAACUUCAUGUUCUUCGUGAAUCGUGAUAUGUUAAUUUACAAGACCUUGAGAGUUCGAGUACUAGUGCUUAAUGUAAAAUAUAUUUCACCAGUUCCGUGAUAAGUGAUCAUAUUGUAUGAUCGUCAUAAUAUAGUCAUUGAAUAGACCCAAUAUUAUGUGCUCGGUGUUUGUUGAUCAUAUUGUGUCUUACAUGUUGCUAUCUAAGUUUUAAAUUAAUUAAAUCUCUAUACACAUUAUUCGUGAUUUCAUUAGCACUAUCGGCAUCAACUACGUAUUAGCAUCAUAUGUGUUCAUAAUAUAUAAUAUAGUAUUUUACUACACUUUUAUGGUUAUUCAUUUACGGUGAAUGUUGUUUAGUGGCGUUCAUACUAAUGUACUAAAAUGGUUUGUCGACGUUUUAAAAUAUAUUUACCGUGAUUUCAGCUCUCUAUUAGCCAUGAAGGUGACUUAUUCCUGGUUGACAUACUCGUGUUUAAUUUUCGGAACUGGAAUUUUGUGUGACAGAAAACUCGAAAGACGACAAGCUGGAUCAUCUUGCUCACUAACCAACGAGGAUUCGUUUAGUUGUUCGAAUGGACAAUGCAUCGUAUGGUCGACCGUUUGUGAUGGUCGGAAGGAUUGCUCAGAUGGUUCAGACGAAAAUAAAGAGUUAUGUGCUCGAUACGAGUACAGAAUGAAUACAACAGAAUGUGGUAGAGAAUAUAUCCCUGACAAUAACUCAGUAUCGAACAUCAACGGUGAGAAAGCACUUGUUGGAAAAGUACCUUGGAAUGUUGCAAUAUAUAGAAAAUAUACUUCUAAAUAUGACUUGACAUGUGGAGGAUCAAUAAUAUCUCCAAAUUUAGUGAUUUCUGCGGCUCAUUGUUAUUGGUACAAAGGGAUAAGGUCUAAAAUAUCAGUAGACGAUGAUUCAUAUAAAGUCGCUGUUGGAAAAUAUGAUAGAAAUUUCACAGUAAUUGACAACGACUUCACUCAAAUAAUGAAGGUGGAAUUUAUUUACGUACACGAAGAAUAUGUUGGAGGAUUCAUUCAGCAGUUUUAUGAUGUAGCUGUUAUUAAGUUAUUGAACAGAAUUACUUUUAGUAAUAUUGUGACACCUGUUUGUAUAGAUUGGAGUGGUAAAUACGAUGUACCAAAUGGAACUCAAGGAAAGGUUGUUGGUUGGGGAAUAACGAAAGAACGAAAAAAAAGUCCUGUUUUGUUAGAAGAAUCUGUGCAAUACAUCGACCAAAAAUCUUGUCGAAAAAUUAACAACGAUGUUAAAAAAUUGGUGACUGAUGAUAAGUUUUGUACCAGUUCUGCAUUGGGAGAAGGAGCAGUUACUGAAGGUUUUAGCGGUGCAGGAUUAAGCUUUAUAAUACACUACAACUCUUAUUAUUUAACCGGAAUAACAUGUUUCAAGGAAUCAUCAGUCCUAGGUUUUACAGAUAUUCGGUAUCAUAUUAAUUGGAUUCGAAACAUAUAUAUUAAAUAUUUGAACAAUGACAUACCAUUUUGUGUUCUACCAGUCGUUGAUGGAGUUAUAUAUUCUUACGAAAACUCAAAUGAAAUUUUAGCUCACGGGGCAAUAAUUGAUCAGUAUCGUACCGUAAUUGAGAACUGUGAUGUUGGAUAUCAUAAUGUUUAUCCCAAUGGUUUUAGGGUUUGUCGAGGAAAUGGAAAAUGGAUCUCAAAUUCUGAGAAAUUGUGUCUAAAAAUGUGUCCACCUUUAUUAUCAGACAGUUUAGAUAUUAAAUGUACUCUUAAUGGUAAGUUUGCUAAUUGUUCAAAUCCAUCAAUACCCGAUACGAUAGCCUUGCCAUCGUGUAAACCAACGUACAUUGCACCAGUUGGACUAGAAGAGACUCCGUUUGAAUUAAUUUGUCAGUCUAAUGGGACGUGGAACAAUCAACUUUAUAAAUGCAAUCCAUAUUGCGGUAAAGUAUAUACUAACAGCCAUUUGUUAAUUGCCAAUGGUACGAAAGCUCAUGUUGGAACAGCGCCUUGGAAUGUUGGAAUAUACCGAUUAAAUAAAGGGACUUCCAAAUAUGACUUGAUAUGUGGAGGAUCAAUAAUUUCUCCAAAUUUAGUGGUUUCUGCGGCUCAUUGUUUUUGGUACAAAGGGAUAUUAUCUAAUAAGAUAUCAAUAAACGAUGACUCAUAUAAAGUCGCUGUUGGAAAAUAUGAUAGAAAUUUCACAGUAAUUGAUAAUGACUUUACUAGAAUAAUGAAUGUGGAAAUUAUUUACCUAAAUGACAAUUAUUUUGGAGCUAAUGGUUACCAUGCUCAUGAUAUAGCUAUUAUCGGUUUAUCGAACAAAAUUUCUUUUAGUAAUGUCAUCGCACCUAUUUGUAUCGAUUGGAGUGGUCAACAUAAUGUGAAAAAUGGUAUUGAGGGAAAGAUUGUUGGAUGGGGAAGAACAGAAAUAGGUACAUUAAGUUCCAUUUUAUUAGAAACAUCUCUGCCAUACAUCGACCAUUACACUUGUCGAGAUAUGUAUAUAAAUGGAUUUCAAUUAUUUGUGACUCUUGAUAAGUUUUGUGCCGGUUCUACAUUGGUUCCAGGACAAGACAUGGGCGAGGGUGAUAGUGGUUCAGGCUUAACCUUUUUACACUCUCAGUUAUAUUAUUUAACCGGUGUAUUGAGUCUUAAGCAACAAUCCUCAAAUAACUCAAUCGCAGUUUUUACUGACGUUAAAAACCACGUUGAGUGGAUUCGUGAACAAUACAAAAAACAUCAAUAAUUAUAAUAGUAUUAUGGUAAUUAUAUAAAAUAAUUAAUUUAAUUAUAAUUGAAAUCAUUAUUCGUA